AUGCCUGGAGUUCCUGCAGAAGACAUAAACCAGCAGGAGUUCGUCAGCUGGGGAAGCUGGGGAGCUCUGGCAGCCUUCCUCAAAAAGUCUGGGAAGCUGAAAUUCCCUGAAUGGGUGGACACUCUCAGGCUGGCCAAGCAUAAAGAGCUUGCCCCCUAUGAUGAGAACUGGCUCUACACACGAGCUGCUUCCACGGCAUGGCACCUGCACCUCUGGGGCAGUGCUGGGGUAGGCUCUGGGACCAAGAUCUAUGGGGGAUGUCAGAGAAAUGGGGUCAUUCCUGGCCACUUCAGCAGAGGUUCCAAGAGCAUGGUCCGCAGGGUUCUCCAAGCCCUAGUGGGGCUGAAAAUGGUAGAAAAGGACAAAGAUGGGGGUCGUGAACUGACAUCUCAUGGGCAGAGGAAUCUGGUUAGAAUUGCUGGACAGGUGGCAGCUGCCAACAAGAAGCAUUAGAACAAAUGCUGGGUUAAUAAACUGCCUCAUUC